GAUAUAUCAAGGAUAGACUGAAUCACUGUAUUGUUUUAGCUUAAGCAUACUUUACCGAAUAUAUCCGUUGUUAUAUAAAAUGGCUGUUGAUAUACCCAAGUCCGUUGUUCAAAAAUUGACCUUUUUCACUGGUGCCAUGGUCAUCUUCCCGGUACUUUCAUUCUUCGUAUGCCAAUGGUUGUUCAAUAAUAACGCUAUAAUAAGUGGAGGUGUUGCUGCGUUAGUGGCCAAUAUCGUCUUAAUUGGCUAUAUCGUGGCUGCCUUUACUGAAGACACUACUAAAUAUGACUCUGAAAAACCAGAAUCCAAGAAAUCCCAAUGAUUUAUUACCAAUUGCUACUUGUACUACUAGUUACUAUCUCGUGUAUAUCAUAAUAAUAUUGUUUGUAUUGG